UCUUAGAAUAUAGUUUACUUGGCGAUUUGCGCCAAUAAAAACAAUCCAACUUGAGAAAGCACGACGUUCUUGAACAGACACCAAAAAUAGACAACCAGCGGUCACAGAAUUGUCACAAUGUCGGAAACGCAAUCAUCUUCGAGAACACCGCCGCUGCCUCCCCUGAUCAAACUUGAGCCUGGUACGAUACAGACGUCAUCGAUUGCCUCAUCGACCUCAUACGAGACCGCCAUCGCUGUACAUAACAUAGAAACAACAAACAUGGAUAUCUCGCAUUCAGACGUCAAGCCGAAUAUUCAGAUGCAGCACAUCAAACCGAAAGGUUUGGAGACCAACAUUACACUUUGGCAGUUUCUUCUUGAACUGCUGAUGGACAAAGCACGUCAGCAUCUUAUCACCUGGACUGGAAACGAAGGAGAGUUCAAGCUCCUCAAUGCCGAGGAGGUUGCUAGACUGUGGGGCCUUCGGAAAAACAAGACCAACAUGAAUUACGACAAACUUAGUCGUGCGCUUCGCUACUACUACGACAAGAAUAUCAUCAAGAAAGUUAUGGGGCAGAAAUUUGUCUAUAAGUUCGUUUCUUUUCCUGAGAUCGUCAAGACAGAAAACAAGAUUCCUUUCCGGGUGAAAAUGGAGAGCAUGGAUGUUCCAACAACGAGUCAGCGCCCUCGCAGUUACCCUAGUGUUAGCAGGAGCAAUAGCCCCAGUGUCAGUACCAGCGACGAGAAAGAAAAAGGGAGAUCCACACCUGCUAAGAGUCCACAAAGAUUACUACAUACUCCAAGUCCUGUACCAAGGUCACCACGUCCAUCUUCCACAGAGCUGAGAAUGCUUGCGAAGCAAGUAGAUAGAGAGAAAUUCCAGUGGACAUCGGCCUUACGCAGAGAAGGUGACGAUAUGCUGUCGAGACCACCUGUGACAGUCAAUGUUCAAGAUGUGUAUAUCACAGAAGCAAGGAUAAAUGGUGAAACCAAGUUAGUUAGCACUGGUGGUCGGCCGAUUCCGAGCAGCACGUUGACAACUGCUUGUAGCGAUGGACGCACUGGCCAUCUCAGAGCUAAAUCCCCACUGGUCACUGGUUCAAGCUUGGGCAACAGGCCAAAACCUCUCCAACUUUCAGUUCCACUAACUAUCAAGGGUUCUGAAUCGUCAUCAUCAUCGGGGAAAGCUGGAUGCAGUCCAUCUUACUUACACGCAUCAACGACAGGUGCCUUAUCUGCUGUAUCUGCUUAUGGUCCUCACACACCCGGCCUUCCUGGCACACCAAUCAUGGUCGCUAGUCCUCUUCUUGGUCAAAAUGGCACGCCGCUUGUGCCCAUCCACUUCUGGAGUACCCUAAGUCCACUUACCCUCAGCCCUUCGCUUAAUGGCAACACUUCCUUUCAGUUUCCCACCCUAGUCAGUAACGGACUGAGUUCUCCUUUGACAGUAAAUGGUGUCCCAGUCACACCCACUGUUCUUUUGUCACCAGCAUCAACAAAACCAAUCUUUGUGUCAUAACAGGUACAAUUAUACAUGAACACUGACUGCAUACUCGGAACAGUUCAUUGGCCCGCCAUUUUGCGAACAGUUUCUACUUAGUUUUACAAAGGCAUUUAUAUCUUGCUUGCAACACAGAAUAGUUUACUCAUCUUAAGGUCACAAUAUAUAAAGAACUGUAUUUUGUAAUAGAUGAACAAAAAAAACCAUCGAUGAAAAUUUGCACCUUAUAGAAGUAGCAGAGAAACUGGAAGGUUCUACAGAGCAUCAUAGCUGCACUUUAUCCUGCACGUGACACCAACACUAUCUGUUUUGUUUUAAUGUUCCAAUAAAAUGGCGGGUCCGCGUGUACAGCUCAUCAAAAUACUUGCCUUGUUCAAUUCCAUCUAUCAUCGAUUGAGAAUCAGAUUGUAAUGCCGCGAUACUCGGUAAUAUCUUUUGAAUUAAGGCUGUGCCUUAUUUAUAAAUGUUAAAGAACACUUAGAGUAAAUAUUCAACUGCUAUGUUUCUAUUUUUAUAUAAAAAAGUGAUUUAUUUUUUUCUUGCUUUUACGUUUGAAAUGGCUCGAACUUUUCAUUUGAGAAGGUAAAUCUCCUAAUUCUCAAAGUAUAACUAGAACAACUCCUUAUGCCAUACAGAUAUACUUUGGACCAAAUGCUUCUGUUUUGUUUAUGUGUACAGCAUUGCCACAUUAUGAUGAAAAAACAUUAUUAUUUUGUAUACAUUGUACAAACUGGAUGAUUUAAUUUAUUUUGCUUCAAUUAAUCUAUAUUUGUUAUUUCUUAUGUGUAUCGUGUACAUACGUUUUUCUCACUUUUGAUUGAGCGAGACGAUUUUCAGCAUUGACAUGGACAUGUAGAUCAGACCGUUGACAUCUGAAACACAGCCACUGCGUGAAUAGCAAAUUAUGCAUGAAAAAUAAUUUUUUUUUUCGUUAGAUCAAAAGUUCAACAGAUUAGGUGCCUGCUGCCAACAUCGUCAUUUUUAAUAGCUCAAUCGUAGAAUCUAUUGUUGCGAGACAGGCAGGAUGUGUCCGAUUUUCCAUCGUUAUUUACCAAAUUAUAACAAGCUUUAAACAACUCAACCGGUACAAGGUGAUUGCAUGAGACACUAAAUCCAUGUUGAGCCAUGAACCGAUAGGAGUGGUCCCCGUUUACAGCCCGUACACGCUCUUGGUGAUGAGGUGUACAGAAUCAGCUGCUCUCGGGUGGAGUACCACACUGUUAGGGUCUGUAAAGGUAACAAAGGAAUUGACUUCGGUGUUCGAUAAAUGAUUCUGACAGCGUUUUUUAUUUAUGAACCACGUUUUGAUCAACCAGUCAUGCCCUCUUUCAAAGCUAAAUUAUCCGUUGUACAUUUAUUUUUGGAGUGAAAUGACGCGAAUACACUGGUUAAAAAUAUACUCUUAGGCUUUACUUUUGCUCUAUUUGAUCUGAAAGACAACGAUCAAUUGUGAUAAGGUGUGAUAAUGGUUUCAUCCAAAAGCGAAUUAGGGAUUGACUGCUUGGCCAUUGCCCUAAUCUGCCUGCAUGUAGAGCGUCCGGCGGAAUGGACCCAUAAAGAGCCACUUCCGCGAAGGGCCCCUGAAAUACCUCGAAUCGGUCUAAACAUAUCCCGAUCCCUUCAAUGAAUGGUCAGACCGACUUGAACCAUUCACGAGACAACUUACAAACAAUCACAUCUUAAUUAAUCACUUAAAUGAUUGUUUCCGCACCCUGUGACCAAUCGAGGCUUCUUUUCAUACUCCGAGUCCCGACACUGAAAAAUGCUUCAAACAAAGGGUGUUAUCGUCACCACUACACAGGAUGUCGUGGAGGAUAAGUAAAGGGCCAUACUGUUUGAUAUAAAUUGAAUUGUUAGCAAUUACGUUAAAUGACCCUAUUCUGACUUUUAAAAACAAUGGUGAUAGGUGUAUAUUACCUCUACAUUUUUGUGUUUUCAGUCGUUUAUCUUAAUUUUGCGAUGUGAAUGAGAAUGGUUGAAAGAGACGCUUUAAAAGACAAAAUUGCUAUUCUAUUUGUUAGUCAAUCGAAAAGUAAUAAAGAAAUGUUCAUUUCCAUCAAUCAUGCAUUUUUAUUAUAUUGUGAUUUUGCUCAAACAUUGAGACUGGAUAAUUAUAUCUUAUGAAAACAAUACUUCGCUCUGUUUUCAUGGUUAAUUCAAAACUAGCAUACUAUGCUGCAGAAAUAGCAAUAGAAAAGGCUUGAUUAUUUCGAGAGGAUAUCGGUAUUAUCUCACGUUCUAUUAUAACUGGGUGCUGCAUUGUAAUCAACCUGGUCAAUUUUAAACACAAUUUAAUGUAUUUGAGAAUUAAUCAUUUUAAACAGUCACCUGAAAUGUCUAUAUUUCAUUUCUUGCAAUAUAACAAGUUCCCAAUUUUCACAAGUGCUGCACUGUAAUAUUGUUCUUCGCUGCUAGCAUCUAUAUGGUCUGUCAAAGCGAUUUUUAUAGCAAACGGAAAGAGAAUUAUUUAAAAGAAUUGUAUUUUCCUGAAGAUUGUUCUAAUUUUUCAUGCGGGUCAUGAAAAACUGUAAUAUAUAUAAAAAUGUACGGAAGCUUUGGUAGUUAUCAAUGUCUGACUGUCUGUCAUAAUUUUGUGGAUACAAUAUUGGUGUUGAUGGACUUAGUACAUUCUUAUGUUGAUAAUCUUGUACUCUGUCAGCUGUUAGUUUUACAAUGUAAGUUAAUAUUUGUGUUUAUAACAGUUGAACUGAUUUAAACCAUUCCGGUCAGACUUGUUAAAUUUGAAGUAAAACUUAUUAUGUCAUGCACUUCA